AUAAAACAAGCCUGAGCUCAGUUGUCUGUUUGCAGAAUCUGGACUACCCAUCCAGCCCAGCGGACAGCAGCUGCUAGAGCCUCAUCGCUGAGUGGAAAUCUCUCCAGAAGUUCACCUUCACCAGGAAUACAGGCAGAAUCAUGGUGUUCCAUAAGGAGUUCCAGGCAGCCGGGAAAGAGCCUGGCCUGCAAGUGUGGAGAGUGGAGAAUAUGGACCUGAAGCCUGUUCCCAAGCAGCUGUAUGGAAACUUCUACACCGGAGAUGCCUAUGUCCUGCUCUACACCACCCCCGCCCCGUCCUAUGCCAUUCACAUGUGGCUCGGGAGCGAGUGUUCUCAGGAUGAGAGCGGAGCUGCAGCUAUCUUUGCCACACAGCUGGACGACUUCCUGGGCGGUGGGCCGGUCCAGUUUCGCGAAGUUCAAAAUAACGAGUCCCUCACUUUCCUUGGCUACUUCAAAUCCGGCGUCAAGUAUAAGCAAGGCGGAGUGGCGUCUGGCUUCCAGCAUGUGGUGACCAACGACAUGAACGUGAAGCGUUUGCUCCACGUUAAGGGGCGGAGGGUGAUCCGGGCCACAGAGGUGCCUCUGUCCUGGGGCAGCUUCAACCGUGGGGACUGCUUCAUUAUUGACCUGGGCAAGGAUAUCUACCAGUGGUGUGGCGAUGAGUGUAACCGCUUUGAGCGCCUGAAGGCAUCUCAGGUGGCCAUUGACAUCCGCGAUAAUGAACGGAACGGACGGGCCAAAGUGCAGAUUGUGGAGGACGGCUCUGAGCCGCAGGCUGUUGUUGACGUUCUUGGCCCAAGGCCAAACAUUCCACCAGGAGGUCCCGAUGACGAGGCUGUAGAGCGGGCCAAUAAGAAGGGUACUCUGUACAUGGUUUCUGAUGCUGCAGGCUCCAUGAAGGCCUCAGUGGUGGCUCAUAGCAGCCCCUUCAAGCAGGAGAUGCUAUCUCCCAGCGAGUGCUACAUCCUCGACAAUGGCAUUGAUGGCAAAAUCUUCGUGUGGAAAGGUCCAACCGCCAAUGCAGCAGAGCGCAAGGCAGCCAUGAAAGCAGCAGAUCAGUUUAUCAAAGAAAAGAACUAUCCUAAAACCACCCAGGUCCAAGUGAUGCCUGCUGGAGGGGAGACCACCCUGUUUAAGCAGUUCUUCAGUAACUGGAGGGAUAAGGAUCAGACCACAGGCCCUGGGAAGGCUUACACCAUCGGCCGGAUCGCCCAGGUGGAGCAAAUCCCCUUCAAUGCCUCCAGCCUGCACUCCAACAAAGCCAUGGCUGCACAACAUGGCAUGGUGGAUGAUGGAUCAGGGAAAGUUCAGGCGUGGCGCGUUGAAGGUGGGGAUAAGGUUCCCGUGGACCCCUCCAGUUACGGGCAGUUCUACGGAGGAGACUGUUACCUGAUCCUCUACAGCUACAACCAGGGGGGCAGAGAGCAGCAUAUCAUCUACACUUGGCAGGGCCUGAAGUGCACCCAGGACGAGUUGGCUGCUUCAGCCUUUUUGACUGUUAAACUGGAUGACUCCAUGGGGGGAGCUCCUGUCCAGGUGCGUGUCACUCAAGGCCAGGAGCCCCCCCAUUUGAUGAGCCUCUUUAAGGGCAAGCCAGUGAUAGUCUUCUUGGGUGGGACUUCACGGAAAGGUGGGCAGAGCAGGACGGGCAGCACGCGUCUCUUCCACAUUCGCCAGAGCUCCACCCGUGCUACACGUGCUGUGGAGGUGGAGCCCACUGCUUCGAAUCUGAACACCAAUGAUGUGUUUGUGCUGAAGAGCCCUGACUCCUUGUUCCUGUGGAGAGGAGUUGGGGCGACGGAAGAGGAGCUGGCCGCUGCCAAAUACGUCUGCAGCUUCCUGGGAGGCAGCGUCACUGAAGUGGCCGAGGGGAAGGAGCCAGCGGGCUUCUGGUCUGCUCUUGGUGGAAAGAAGGCAUAUCAGACGUCCAGCAGUCUGCAGAAGACGGUUCAACCUCCUCGCCUGUUCGGCUGCUCCAACAAGACUGGACGCCUCAUAGUGGAAGAAGUGCCAGGAGACUUCACUCAGGCUGAUUUAGCCACCGAUGAUGUCAUGCUUCUGGACACCUGGAGCCAGAUUUUCCUCUGGAUUGGCAAUGAGGCCAACGAGGUGGAGAGGAGUGGAUCCGCUAAAAUAGCCAAAGAAUACGUGGACUCAGACCCAGCUGGACGGACUGGCACCCCGAUCACCACCAUCAAACAGGGCUUUGAGCCGCCCACCUUUACCGGCUGGUUCCAAGCAUGGGAUGCCAAAAUGUGGGACACAGAUCCUCUGGAACGCAUCCGCGCUCGUUUCUAAUCAGCCCACACCCCCUCUUGCAUGGCUUCCAGAAUACACCCAAGUGCUCCUUUCUGCCAUAGGCUGAGUCUGGUACCGCCUGAGAGGGCUGUAGAUGGACAGUAUAAAACAAUACUGUGCAUUAGCAACUGUAUGCACUGUGUUACAGUACCGAUAAUAACAUUUUGGGGAAGGAGAUGUAUUGCUUUGCCUUACCUUUAUAUACACUAGCUUUGAAAUACAUUGUUACGUUUAAUAAAUCUUUUAGCUGAUUUAUUUUUUACGAAAAACCAAAGACAGGAACUUAAACGAUGUGUUCCCUCGCUUAUCUGACAUGUGAAUGUGACCUUUGUAGUAAAGGGUGUUUGAGUGCACAAAUCCAAAAAUUCAAAAAUGUUUAAAUAUCUUUCGACUCGGUCUCAGUGUGCUCCGCAAAAUGUUCAAAAACCUCUACUGACCAUGCCUUACGAACAGGAUUUCACACACAUAUCAAAUAAUGAAGUAUUAGAUGUGUGCUGGUUCAUAAUAAAACAUGCUUUUUUGAAA